UUUUUAAACACCAAGAAUGUUUAAUAGUAUAUUUUUAAUGAGAAUAACUUCUAUUUAAUCUCACCAUGUGUUUAGAUUUUAACUAAUAGGGUUUUUCCACAACAACAAGGGCUCAUGUUGUUGUGGAAAUGCCCAUGUUGUUUUGGAAAUACCCUAUUCUGAUGUUGUGUUAAAUAAAAUGCUGUUAAUUUUUUUACACAAGAAUGAAAGAUAAAUGCUGGCAAAAAGCAACCUGGUGUCUUCCAGGCUUCAACUUUUCUCCAUAAUUUUGUGGUUGUGAAGCUGGUGUUUGAUUGUUGACGAUUUUUCAUGAUGGAUCAGAUUAAAUUCAAAUUUAACAAGGUGAAUGACCUGAUAAAACAAGUUACAGUUAACAUUAUGAGUGAUAAAACCGUAAUAAAGCUUCACAAGUCACUACAAGAAAUGGAAAGCUACAUUAAGCAGAAAGGUGUUAAUUAUGAAGAACUUACCAAACGCUAUUCAACUGUCAAUACAUUCUUUUGCAAUCUUAAUAGAGAUAAAAAGUUUAACGACAAUACCAAAGUGAAUAAAAUACUUGCAGAUUUAAAUGAUAUUGGAAAGAUGAUACGAGCUGCUAAAUCAGGUAAACCUCUUUCAGGUCAAGUUGUGUCAAAAAUGUCAGCCCUUUCACUAAGCCCGGCCAUAGCAGCUGCUACAACACCAGGUGAUAAUAGUUGGAAUGACAGUCCAGAAUGUCGAAUUGCUGUUCGAAAGUUUCAUGAUGAAUAUGCCACAAAAGGGUCUUUAAAUGAAGCCAAAAGAGAUCUUGAGGGCAACAUGAGGUUAUUUCGACAAUUCCUGGAAACCAUGUCCUUGUGCAAACGUUUGGAAUAUACAGGAAGUGUAUAUGAAGAAGUAAAUAUUUCUGGUGAUGAAUUAGAAUUUGAUGUAAUGUUUGUGGCUGACGGAAAGAUCUUUCAAUGCGUACCUAAUAAAAGGCUCCAGAAAGGUUAUACCUACCUGAAAACAAGGAACCAGAUGCACAAUUUGACUACCCAAGUAGAUGGGAAUGGUUAUGUUAACGCUAAGAAGUAUAAUGAAUACUUUGGCGGAAUUGUGCAAUUGUGGCUGAAUAAAAUGGACACAAGUAAAAUCAAGCAGCGUGGACAUGGUGUUGCAACACAAAUUGAUGUUCACAAAGACGGGAAACUUUGGUACAAAGUUGAUUUGGUCCCUUGUUUUGAAAUAGAGCGCGAGUUGUAUGUUCCAAAGCACUUAUCCACUGAUGUCAUGUCUUGGAGACACUCCUUUUCUUUGCGGGAGAAGAAGAUACUCACAAGCAUGGAUGGAAACAAUGAAUGCCGUAGACAUUGUGUACGAGUCAUCAAGGCCAUUUUCAAGUUGCGGAUAAGUGGACUUUUUAGGAACUUUACCUCCUACCACAUCAAAACGAUUAUGUUUUAUAUGAAUGAAAAGAAUGGCAUCAAUUGGUAUGAGCAAAAUCUUGGAAAAUGUGUAUUGCUGUUUUUGAAUGAAGUUAAAUUGUGCCUAGAAAAAGGCGAGUUGCACCACAAGUUCGAGCCCACAAUCAAUCUGUUGGAUAGUAUAAAAGAACAGAGACAGCAAAUGAUUGGUUUCUUGAAUAAGAUAUUGACAAAUCAAAAUAGAUUUUAUGAAACUAUUAAAUGUUGUUAAAUGGUAAUAUAUAGGAGAUACCUGAUCAACCUUUCAAGACCUAGAGUAUGUGUGUGUGUUUAAAGAUGGAAGGGAUAAGUUGUGUGCAACACAAAAAGUAUUCUUUCAGUGAUAAAUUUAAAUAAUUUUUACGGAACUUUUAGAAAAAAUUAAGGAUAGUUUUUGUUUUAUAAAGCAAUAGGAAGUCUUAAAUUAUAAAAAAGUAUUCUGAGACCUUAUUCUCAAUUUUUUUGGUUUAUGUAAGUCUAUGUAAGUGUCGUUUAUGUAAUUUAGGAUCUAAUCAAUGUAAUUUUCUGUAUAUUAUGUGUCAGGAAUUAAAAUAGUAAGAAUUUAUGCUUUUUCAA